AUGCCUCCUCCUCGACACAAUGUGACCGGCUUUGAUCCUCGCAAAUUUGUACAGUCGUCUGGCAUGCCAGCUAAGGAUCCAUGGGCGCGAGCUGAACAAUGGCGAUAUACGGGUCCCUUUACAAGAUACAACCGGUUCAAGGGCGCUCUCCCUGGUCUAGGCACUGCUACGGUAGCUUUCGGGGCUUACUGCACCUACGAGUACUUUUUCAUGAAAGACGAGCAUCAUGGGCAUGGGGAAGGACAUGGGGAAGGACAUGGAAGCGAAGAGCAUCAUUGA